UAUUAUAUCAAAACAAUUAUAUCAUUGUUUAUACCAGGAUGCAAUAACUGUUAAUUAACAACCACAGAAAUAAAGAGAGAGAAAAUAUAACAAAGCUCGAUCAGCUAUCUGUAUUAAAAGUACCACAAACAAGAGUACACUAUAAAUACUAUGUCCAGAAUAUACAAAGUACGUCAAAUUUAAAACAAUCAAUGUAGAAACAACAAGAACAACAACAUAAUCGUAUAAAGAGAAAAGAAAGAAAAGAGAAAAAAAGAAAAAAAGAAAGAAAGAAAGAAACGAUAACCUAAGAGAAAAAGCGAGCACGAAAACGUCAAUGGGUUUUCUUAAAUAACGCAGUAAUGGAUUCGUGUAAUUAAAACCCGUAUUGGUAAAGACAGUGCAAUGUGACGCGAUGUGCAGGCAAAAGAAAGUUGCGAGGAGAAAACGUCAAGCGGCGAGCGCUACAAGCGACACUUUGACGCGUCCAUGGGGAAGGUAAAAGGCUGCUAUGAUUGGCUUAAGUGAUGUACGUUUCGGCGUGUCCACCCUCCGCUGUGAAAGCGACAACUCUAAUGAAAUGUACCUGAAUCGAAACGCCACGCGCACCGCAACUCCUGCAAGGGUUGUUUGUUUUUGAGACACCGGGAACGUGAUUGACUCGCAUCCCCUCACACGACGGAGAAGAGCAAAGCGAAAACCUCUCGGCGUCUUCGCUGAUGGCUAACACCGUGUUCUCCCAGACUGGGCGAUAUUAUUGGCGGAGCUGUAUUAAAUACGAUAGUCAUAUUCAGCCAGAGAGAGCGAGCGAGGAGCGGCUAGGCGGCGCACGGUUUCACUUUUUCAUUUCAACAAACAAGCUCUCGUUUCCAACCAACUACAGAAAAAAAAACAGAGAGAGAGGAUUAUUUGUCAAAAAUAAGUGACUGUUUGGAAGUAGCCCCGCGAUUCGCCCAAUGACCAGAGUUUUUGUUCGCAUUUGCUCAUAAACUGCAAUAUUAUUUGAGAUAUACAUUCCAUUGGAGUUAGUUAUCAUAUCAUUCCAGUUCUGACGAAGGGAGAAUAAACAAGAAAAAUUGACAAAGAAAGCUGUUUUUAUAGAAAUACAUAAGCUAUAUAUUUACGAGUGGGAGAAGAAAGUGAUUCAUCUGUGGUAGAAACUUCGUUGUGGAUUUUUCUCUGUGGCGCUAUUAUCUUUGAAUGGGACAGUUUACAAGUUCACACCGAGGGGUCAAAAUUACUUUACCAAAUAGCCACGUUACGUAAGGGUCGGCGAAACCGGACAGACCAGGCCGGACAAUAGCUGGGGCCAUUCGACUGGUCAGUCUCCAAUGAAUAGGUCGCGCUCGGACCGCCGCAACCCGAACUAAACAAUAUGUUUUCAUUUAUUGGAAAUACGUAAUGCGAACUCAUUUCUCACAGGAGCUCGGGAAGAUAUUUUCUCCUUGUCAGUCGCCUCGCCGUGUGGGACAAUAUAAAUUGAAAGUGGGCAUCAAAGCCAAUCAGAUGUAUUGUUACAAUUUCAUUAUGAUAAUUGCAGCGCGCAUUAUUUGAUAGUUGAUAAUCAUAAUUCGGGCAUGCGCACUGAGGAGUCGUGUAGAUAAAUCGGAGUAAGACGGUGGAGUGAAUUUCUGUUUGGGGUUUUGUCCCGGCACCAUGUCUCGUCGGAAACAACCGAAACCACGUCAUCUCGACGGCGACAACGACCUGCCCACAUUGAUAGAGAACGGAAGCGCCCUCGCUGAUGACACCACCGACUCCAUCAUUGCCAAUGACAAUGACGUCCACGUCUGUGAGAAAUGCUGUGCGGAAUUCCUCGACCCCAAACACUUUGUGUCCCACCAGAAGACGUGCAUGGAGAAGCGGGUCGUCGUGAUGUUUGACGACGAUGACCGGCCACCGAAACAUGUCGUCGCGGACGACGCGGGGGAGAAGUCCCCCCUGAACCCUCCACCCUAUGAUGAGGAUGAUGAGGACGACGACAUGUCUGACGGGGAGAGCAACAUCAACAUCAAUGACGAGAUCGCCAACAAUGCCAUUGCCAACAUGGACGUCUCGGAGGAUGAGUUUGGCGAGCUGAGUGGGGGGAAGGGGGAGGGUGAGGAGGAUCUGUCCAAUGAGGAGGAGGGGGAGGAGGAGGAUUACGUGGAUGGGAAGAAGGACCCCGGGAUGAUGAUGAUGGGUCAGUCCAAGCUGGACCUCAUGUCUCAGCUGCCCCACCUUUUCCUGCCCAACAACAACAACGUCACCAUUGAGCCGUUGCCCGCCACGAAGGCCGCGGUGGCGCAGUUUGCCGAGAACAACAUGAUGCCGCAGGAUGUUGCCGUGAUGAGCGCGACAUUGUACAACCUGCAGCAGCAGCAGCUGGUCCAGCUACAGCUCAUACAGCAGCUGCAGCAGCAGCUCAUGAGCGGCAUGACCCCAUCGCCAGCCGCCAUGAUGAUGUUGAACGCGGCACACAACAGACUCCCCCCUACAGUGUCCACACCCCCGACACCGAAAGUGGACACUCCCAAAACACCAGAGCCUGCUGGGAAGGAAGGCGAGGAAUUGUUGUCCAUGCAGAAGGAAGUCAGCAACAGCGGUGAUGGUGUCGUCAAAAGCACAUCGCCACCAGUGGUUUCAUCUACUCCACUGUCAUCAUCAUUGUCAUCAUCAUCAGCAUUGUCAUCGGCAGGGACAGUGGCGCUUAGUAAACUUCCGAAAGAGACGGCGCUUCCAGCCACGGCAGUUCUACCUCCCACGCCGAACUCUCCCGAGAUCAGACACAGAGGAACAAUCCUGGAGAGAAAUCAGUAUGCCAGUGAUGACCCCUUUUUCAAGCACAAAUGUCGCUUUUGUCACAAAGUAUUUGGCAGUGACAGCGCCCUGCAAAUCCACGUGCGGUCCCAUACUGGUGAACGUCCAUUCAAAUGUCACAUCUGUGGGAACCGCUUCUCCACAAAGGGGAACCUGAAGGUGCACUUCGAGCGGCACAAGCAGAAGUACCCGAACGCCAAGAUGAACCCGUACCCACAGCCGGAGCACCUGGAGCGGCCGCCGCCUCCCUCAUUGCUGAACAAUCCGUUCACUAGCCUCGCCAGCUCAUCGCUACCGUCACCGUUUCCAUUCUCACCUUUCCCAACGCCACCCGGACCGGGCAUGCUCAUGACGUCACUCGGGCCCAUUAUGCCAUCUCUCUUGCCGGCCACUCCGCUUCCUCCUCCUCCACCUCCUGCUCCUGCUCCUCCACGGGACAGGAGACCAUCUAGUCCCUACCUGCACGAAAGUAAACCAAAAAUCAAGGAACCAGCUUCAUCUAGUCCUCAACCACCGAAAGAAUCUCACAUCCUCAAGAACCCGACAGUUGAGAAACCACCAGCGCUUCCAAAGAGCUCGGCCAUGCUUACGUCGACGCCGAUGUCGGCGUCUAUGCUGAUGGCUCCUCCGUCGAUGGCGUUUUCCAGUGCUUCACCAUCCACAUCCAACUCACUUCAUCUACCACCCAGCAGAAGCUUGCAAAACACGCCCAUCAGCUUCUCCAUGCCAACGCCACUUGCAUCGACUCUGCCUCUUGGCAGCUCAUCUUCUCCAUUCAUGCCGCCAAUGCCAUCCAUGCCAUCUAUGCCAUCUAUGCCAUCUAUGCCAAUUAUGUCAUCUAUGUCAUCAAUGUCAUCAAUGUCAGCCAUGUCAUCAAUGUCAGCCAUGUCAGCCAUGUCAUCCAUGCCACUUCCACCACCUUCACCACUGCCACCUCCACCACAGCAAUCUAACAGUAUGGACUUCAGGAGCUCGAUUCUUCCAUCAAAGAUGAUAGACCCUUCUGAGGACCUGGAAAAGUAUAUGGAGUGCUCAAAGUCGGAGACUUCCAAACUGGAAGCUCUGGUGAAGAACAUUGAACAGAAAAUAACGGACCCAAACCAGUGCGUUAUAUGUCACAGAAUCCUCAGCUGUAAAAGUGCCCUGCAGAUGCACUACAGAAUCCACACGGGCGAGCGUCCGUACAAGUGCAAGAUCUGCAGCAGGGCUUUCACGACCAAAGGCAACCUGAAGACUCACAUGGGAGUCCAUCGGGCCAAGCCGCCCCUCCGAAUGAUGCAUCAGUGUCCGGUGUGCCACAAACAGUUCACCAACCUACUUGUUCUUCAGCAACACAUCCGAAUGCACACGGGCGAGGCGAUGAACGACAUGCCGAACCCGGCCAUGUUUCACCACCAGCCCUUCCCUUCCCACCGGUUCGAUCCCCUACGACGUCUGGACCAUCAGUUGGCAAGUAUGUCGGGAUCGUUCGAGUCUAAAGAACUGGAUCUCAGCAAGACGUCUGCGUAUGGUAGUUCUCAGGAUCGUGACAAGAGAGACAGGCAUCCUUCUGAAAACAGCAUGGACGACUUGCGAUCGGACGGGGAGGUGUGUGAUGAUGACUACGACGACAUGAUGAAUGGAGAUAUGGAGGAUUUCAACGAGGAGGAGGAGAUGAUGGAUCAGCAGGAGAUGAUGAUGCAGGCUGAGAGAUUUUCGUCGAAGGAGCGGGAACAGAGUGGAGAAGGGAAGAGUUCGGCCGGGUCCCCUCGUCAUCACGGUCGUCAGAGUCCCAACUCUCACCAGUCGUCAGAGAUGUCCACCCCGGACCAACACAGUUCUUCUAGUCUUACCAAACCACAAACCACAGCCCCACGAUACUCAGCCUCCCUGGCGGCCCUCGAGGAACGAGUCAAAGCUAUCGACAGCCAGAUGUCGCAGGCCUCGUUUGAACGAUUCCGCAACAGCAUGGGUCUGGAUAACGGUCUGUCCAUAAUGAACAAGAUGCUGUCCCCCGGGUUCGCAAACCCAGAACGAUCUCCAGCUACCUCACCUAGGAGUCCUGCUGUUUCGGAGUCCGGGUCAGAGAGAAGCAGCAUGCGAGAGGAGGCAAGUCACCUGGGUUAUCCCGUCACUCCUGAUGGCAUGAUGCCAUUCGGUCUGGGCUAUCCCAUGAUGGGAGCCCUGGACCUUCGUCCUGGAGAGAAGCGCGUGCACACCACCUGUCACGUCUGCUUCAAGACAUUCGCCUGCAGAAGCGCUCUGGAAAUCCAUCUGAGAAGUCACACGAAAGAAAGACCUUACCAGUGCGAAGUCUGUGAUAGGUCCUUUUCCACGAGAGGCAACAUGAGACAGCACAUGCUGACGCACAAGAUUCGCGACAUCCCAUCUCAGGCCCUGAACGAAGACGAGAAUCAGCCUGGAAGGAGCGAGGAUGAUUCUCAGUGCAAACUUCAGUCUUCCAGUCCACCUGGCAAGGAAAGUGAUUCGUUUUCCUCACAGAAUGAAGACGACUCUCGUUGGAAGCCGCUGACUAGCUCGUCCAGUAAAGAUGGUGAAACGUACCCUUCUCGUAGUGAGGCAGAUUCUCAUUGGAACAACUCUUCCAGUCCUCUCGGCCUAUCCAUCAAGAAACCUCUGGACAAUAACAAUACUAGCAAUGUGAAUAAAAAUAACGCAUCUAUAGAAAGCCAGAAUUCAACUGAGGAAGAAAAACGAUCUGCUAAAGAGAAUCACCAUGGUGAUGAUGACCAGGAGAUGGAAUGUGAAGACUACGUUAGGAAAGAUCUUCCAGAACCAGUUAGACCCUUUCCUUACGACCCAGUACCCAGUUUUGAAGCAAGAAGCAAUACACCCUUUGACGACGAUAAGAACAGAAAUCAUGUUAACGAUAUGAAAAACCACCAUCUUCCAAAUUCUGAUAGAAGUCCUCAUAACUCUGAAGACUCAAAACCACCCAAAACUAAUGACCAUAUGAGAAACCCAAGUCUGUCCUUCAGCGACCUCACCAAUCCUUCCAAUUCUAACAGUCAGGCGAAUCAUUCAGGCGAUAACUUGAGGCACCACCACAGCGACUCUCGAAGUCAACACCAUUCAGACGGUGACAGCAGAAGUCAACACCAUUCAGACGGUGACAGCAGAAGUCACCACCAUCACCAUCAGGACGGCGACAAUAGCAGAAGUCACCACAGCUCAGGAAGUCACGUACCGAAUCUGCACCGAUCUGUAUCUGAGGCUCAUAUUCGACACCAUUCAGGCAGCUCCAUAGGCGAACACGGUGCGUCGAAAUCCGGGGAGGUGAAGAAACCCAGCGGUCACCCGAUGGGAGGAGAAGGGUCGCCAUUCAUGCGUCGAACCGGCCCCAAGCAUCAGUGCAUGACGUGCAUGAAAACAUUCUCCAGCGCCAGCGCUCUGCAGAUUCACACCCGCACCCACACAGGGGACAAACCUUUCAAGUGCGAGGUCUGCGGGAAGGCGUUCACUACAAAAGGCAAUCUGAAGGUGCACAUGGGGACGCACAUGUGGAACAACAGUCCGUCUAGACGCGGGCGCCGCAUGUCCAUCGAGCCGCCCUUCAUGAUGUCGCACGUGCGGGACAACCCCUUCCUGACCUCCAUGCCGCACCGACCGCCGGACUUCUACUUCCAGUACCCGCACUUCAUGAACGGCCUGCCGCCCAAAAUGAACGAGAUCUCCGUCAUCCAGAGCGUGAACGGGGGACUCGGUCACGUGCCCCCAUCGGUCCACUACCUGGGCUUCGGGAUGAAGGAGGAACUGCGGGAGAUGACCCCAAUGAGCGAGACUCGAGACAAGGAGACGGAGCACGCGCGUGACAAGGAGAAUAUCCAGAACGGCGCCGUCAGCCCCGCCGAGUCGAAACACGUGACGACGACAUCGUCGGGGGAGCUGGAUCUCAGCGUCAGGCCCGCGUCGUCGGCGUCCUCGGCCAACUCGGCCUCGUCGCUGUCGUCGCCCUCCAGCAAGGACAGUCCCCCCGACUCCAUGCACGUGACGUCGUCGUGGCUGUGGAAGUCCGGCAGCUGCCACUUCUGUAGUCAGACGUUCCCGUCGGCGAUGGCGUUGGAACAGCACAUUCAGAAUCACCACAUGAACAGUGGGGACUCGCAUAAAGCCCUGGUGGCGUAGAUGGUUGUCCAUCUGAUAAACUCUGGAAAUUCGCAGAAAUCUCUCGUGGCGUAGAUGACUUUCCACCUCAUAAACAGUGGGAAUCGCAGAAAAUUGGUGGCGUAGGUUGUUGUCCAUCUGAUGAACUGUGGAAAUUCGCUGAAAUCUCUCGUGGCGUAGAUGACCUUCCACCUCAUGAACGGUGGAGAUUCGCAAAAUAAUCGGAUGGCGUAGGUCGUUAUCCAUCUCAUGAACUGUGAAACUCUUUGAAAACUGUGGUGGUGUAGGUCUUCCUCCAUUUCAUGAUCAGCAAGACUCGCAGAAAACUGGUUCCGUUUUCCUCGUCCUUCUGUAGAAGAUGGA